GAUUUCCGAAGUAGACCGGAGUCACUCUUAUGUCGUUUAAAAUAUCACAAUCACUUACCAGAGUUGCCCUUUGAUCCGAAAUUCUUGUCAUAUCCGUUGGAACCGUCUCGUUUUCUACAGUAUGUUGCCACAUCGUUAGAACGAAACUACAAGCACGAACUACUCACAGAAACCGAUGUUGGUGUUGAAGUGGAUCUGAUAGACCCUGAUGUAUUUAAAGUUGAUCGAUCAGGUAUUAAGUUGCAUCCAGAUGAUGAGAGACUACUGGAGGAUGAUACACCCGCGGCAAUAAAUGCUAGAAAAUCGAGACAUCAAAAGUCGGUUUCUUGGCUGAGACGUACGGAAUACAUUUCCACGGAAUUGUACAACCGGUGGAAUAAAUCUGAAAAAGUGGAAUCCAAGUUGGGAUACAGUGUAAAACGUCAUCUGAAUGAAGAAAUUGUUUAUCGCGAUCGAGAAAGUCAAAUUAAUGCAAUUGAAGCAACAUUCAAGGCAGCAAGAAAGCCGAUUACUAAACACUACAGCAAACCAAACGUCCAUGCUGUAGAGGUUUUACCGGUGCUUCCUGAUUUUGCAUUGUGGCGUUAUCCUUGUGCUCAGGUAUGUUGCAGGUUCUCGUGGCUAUGGGGUUUACCCCGUCUGCAGUUCAUCACACUAGUAAAAAACAGCAAUAAGUACAAAAUGAAAAAAACAAAAGUAAACCCCAUAAUCAAUGGUAUACUGUAA